GGAAAAUCGCUUUUCUUUACUUGAUUCGGUCAGUCGACUUGAUCUAGACUAUACAUACUAUACAUACUAUACUAAGCUAUAUAUUAUUUCAGUUUCAAUUGGCACUGUGGGUCACCUGAGUUUGGCACUCAAGCAUCGCAUUUGCCGUGAUCAUUUAUUACAAUCCCAUCUCCACAUGGUUGGCAUGUCCUGUUGGCACUAAUUCUAGGAGUGCCCAAGCUACCCGCUGUCAUCCAAUCCUUCAUGGGCAAACAAACAAUGGCCUGUCUAGAUGGAACGACCUUCCGAUUUGCCUCCCAAUAGCUGUAAAGUACUUGAAGACCGCCACCACCACAAGGCUGGCUGAUGGAGGAGUCCUGUCUCUUGUAUCCUAGAGCCUGUACUAUAAUUAUUGUCUUCUGUUCCCCUUCCUUCUGCUACUAGUGAUCGGGUGUCAAAAAUGUAGGUACCAUCCAUUUUUCUAGCUUCGAUCUACUCGGCGUUCUACUCCCGGCUCCAUUCUCAUUAUAUCACAUUGUCGCUAUCGCCCCUCAAUUCCUUCAAGCUCGCCUUGAACUGAGCUUUUUCGAUAGCUGAACGGCGGUUUCCACCGGUGGCAUCCGUCACAAUAUACCAAGUUUAAGCCCCAAAAGUUUUUCAAUUUGCCAUAAUGACUGCCAUAAACUUAGUCCGGUCGAACAAACGGGGCAGUGCAUCGAGGAAACGCCCUUUGUGGCUGCCCAUUAUCGCCCCUAAAGAUACAGCAUCGGGUUCUAGCUUCAAUCCCCCGAUACCUGUAAAGACUUCAACUCCACGGUCUCACGCACGGUUUCCCCCAAGGUCUCGAACUGGCUGCUGGACAUGUAGAGGCCGCAAAGUCAAGUGUGACGAGAGGCAUCCUCGGUGUAAUCAAUGUACUCGUCUCGGUCAUGAUUGUGACUACCGACCCCGUUUAUCGUUUAGAGACGACACGCGCCGGGUUAUCGAGCGAAUGUCAGACGUGGAGACAGGAGGCAAUGUUGUUUGGGACCCUCAUAUGCUUAGCGCUUUGAAAGCUCCUUCUGCAGACUUAGGAAUACCUGAUCUGCUGCCGUCUUUUGCUGCACUCACGUCUGAUGAGGAACGAGAAAGAAAAGCCCGAUAUUCCAUCCCAGGCACCUACACCGUUAUGAUGAUACCGGAGAGCUUCCAUCUCCCCGAACUUGCCAAAGAAAGUCUCGAGGAACCAUGCAGGAAUAUAACUUCAAAUUCUUUGCUAGAGAGUGGUCAAAGUAGCCACUCGGAAGUGUACGAUCCAAACGUGAUUAUUCUCAAAACAUUUCCUGACACUAAGAAAUAUCUAUGUUCACACCGCAGGGGAUCCACUCAAACGCUGGAUUCUGAAUCACAAGGCUCACCAUCUAUAAUUUCAGUAUCUUUGGUUGUUCCGAAUGCUACUGAUGGUAAUAAUGCACAUGGACAUACUAAGCUGACAGGCUACGAAACUGCAUUACUCGAUCAUUUCCGUAACGUAGUCUGGCCAAAACUGGCCCCUCCGAUGAUCUGGGUGUUUGAUCACUCAAACGGCCACAUACUGAGUGCUGAUGUUUUUGAGCAAGAAGCUAAUACUUUCCCUUCUCUUUCCCAGACGAUGAUGGCCCUAUCUGCCCUUAGCCUAGCUCGUCAAGGUAGCGAUCUAAAUAUGGUCGCAAUGAAUCGCACCCAUCAGGAUUACCCGCUCUCACAAAAUGUCCUCCAUCGCAGCGAGGAUCUCUUAUCCGAUGGAGUUUUUCUUACCCAAUUUCUGCUACUUGUCUAUGAGAUCAUGGCAGCCAAACUAAAUGAGCCAGUUCUCUGGUCUCACCAUAUAUCUCGACUGCUCGAGAUAACUCUCCUGAGGCAAUCAGCCAUUGGGGUUGAGCGAUAUCCGUUCCUCAUCUGGUGGGUUUGCAAUAUCGAUAUGUAUGCCCUUUUCAGCGGCGCAGGAACAGGAGAAUAUGUCAGAACAGUCAUAGAAAGCGAUCUGCUCCCCGGACCCGAGUCUAUCCUGUCCUCUAUAGCCUCUAGUGGCCCUGGUGCGAUAGAUUCGCUUGAGCUCAAUAUUUUUACCUUUAUGCUUCGCCUGUAUAAAGACGUUUUCUCGCUAGCUGUCCGGUUGGCACUCAAGAUUUCGGAGAUGAAGAAUCUAAGUUCAACGUACACACAAACGCCUACCGGUCUACAGCAACAAGCUGCCGAGUUAUAUGGGGAGCUCAAGCGACUCUGGGAAUCUCCUGAUGUUCUCUUCUGGAAUGAGAACCGAAGCAGGCUCUCAAAGAAACUGCAAAACAUUCUAGAGCAGGCCCAUUUACUCUUCCAUACCUCACUUCUCUUCUACUUCACUAGCAUGUGGCCUAGACAGAAUAUUGGCCUAGAGGUUUUCCCCGAGAGAAAAGUGCACCAUCAUGCAACAAUGGUUUUGCAACACGCAGAAUCCAUGAUUUGUAAAAGCCAAGGAAACCAUUUCAUGACAUUCCCCUUGUUCUUGGCGGGAGCUGCGGCGGGUUCGAGUGACCUCAAGGUAAAGGCAUGGGAACUACUUUCAAACCUGGAAGAAAGUGAGAUAGGAUACAAUGUAUCUACGACAUGUUAUAUACUCCAGCUCGUGUAUGAGCGCCAAAUGCAGCAAUCCAGAAACGGUGGCGCGUCAUUCCUGGAGGUUGACUGGGUUGAACUCUUAGCUGAACGUGGUUAUCGGUUAGUCAGUUUCCUGUGAGA